AUGCCAAAAGAAGGCAACUGCAGUAUGGUGGCCAUCUUUAUCCGUUGUCUCGAUGAGGUGGUGGAUUCUGAUGACCCACUGCUUCCGGGAGGAUUUAUUGAGCUAGAGCCUCCAGAGGUAGAAGAGGAAGAUGAUCCAGAUGUAGAGGAUCCGGAUGUAGAUGAUAUCGAUGUCGUUGAACCCGAUUUAGAUAUUCCGGGGAUAGAUGUGUCAGAGCUAAAGCCUACUAACGAUGAUAUUCCCGUAGAGGACCCAGUGGGCGCUUUAGACCCGGGGGUGCCAGAAGGCGUAGUGGUAAGUCUUCCAGUGCCAAUUACGGGAGUCGAUGUCACCGGCUCAAAGGAAGUCACCGGCUUAGAGGAAGAGCGGGGAACAUUUGUUAACCUGCUAGUAGACGAGCCGCGACUUGGGGAGCUUGCACUAAAAUAA